AUGGGGGGUAAUUAUGAAAAUAAUCCCGUUAACAAUAUGAAUAAUGUUAACGUAUUUCCUUCCAGCGAUGAUUCUGAUUCCGAAAAAGAACAUAUGGUAUCAUUAAGAGGCUUUAACAUAUGUUAUAAAAAAAAGUUAGAAAAAUUAAAUACACUUAAAAGCAUUGAUAACAAUAAGAAAAUAAUAAAACUCGUUUUAGAUAAUGUUAAUCUUGACCCAAAAUUAGUUAUGCAAAAAGUAGUCAAUUUAUUAAAAGAACAAACUACAUUAUAUACCAUUAUUGAAAUAGAUAAUAACAAAUACAAAAUAAAAUAUAAUGAAGUUACGCCAGAUGAUCAUAUCAUAUUUCCUGAGCAGGUUCAUAAUAUUACAAAUUGUAAAUAUGCAUUUAUUGGAAUAUUAAAAGUUUCCAAAUUUACGAAGAGAUGUACAUUUAGCGAGAAAUCACUUCAGGACUGGCAGAAUUUGCCAGUGGAUGAUUUUUAA